AUGCUGCUGAUGAUGAGUACGUCUACGAUGAAGAAUCAUGGUAUAGGGCUUUGCCAAGGAGCAAUAGGACAUAUCGUGACAUACGCGCUGAGAGUCAAGCCUGGCCUGUGCAUACCUGUAGUUGUUGCAUCUUUCUUGCAACUGGGCAAGAUGGUGAAGAAAAAAGGAAAGUUGGAUGUUGAUGGGCCUAUCCGUGCAAGAACCAUAACUUGGGAGGAGGACCAGACUAAGUUCAUGCUGAAUUGGUAUAUUGAGUAUAGGAAACACCAGCAUGCAGGUUUUGUGUGGAAGAAGCCACACCAUGCAAAGUGUGCUGAUGCCUUAAACAAAGAGUUUGGCAUGGGUGUAACCAUUGAACAGGUUAAUCGUCACUACAGGGAGUACAAGGACAAGUGGAGGAUAGUUGAGAGAGCUUUAAGUAACAGUGGAAAUGGAUUUGAUGCGAUCAGGUGCAAGGUAACUAUUUCUGAAUCUGAAAAGAAAAAGCUAAAGGACGUAGAGAGGCGCUUGCUUUCUAAGCCCAUCAAAUUCUAUAAUGAGAUGGAAGAGCUCUUCAAAGGUAGCCAUGCAGAUGGUUCUCUUGCCAUGGAUCAAGAAACAUGCUUGGAUGAUGAUAAGGGCUCUGAUAGUGAUGAUAGUGGAGGCCUUAAUGACAUAUCUGGUUAUGCACAUCGAAUUGACCUUGAAGGUGAUGACUCCGACACAUUACCCUCACCUGAAGGUCCUAAAACUAGUCCUAACUAUGAAGGUAGUGGAGAAAAUAGCUCAAAGAGCCCACGUCGAUCUGGAAAGAAGCGACCAAGAGGGGUCAAGUCGCCUAGUAAGAAGCCAACAAAGUCUAAGAGUCGUUUUGCAGAUGCCACUAAAGACAUCAGCACAACUAUGAAGGUCAUUGCAAACACUCUUACUCAGCCACCUCCUCCACCACCAGUCCCAAUUUCCGUGGAUCCACAUGCUGAAUUGUGGAAGAGGUUAGAAGCUUUGCCUAUCCGUGCAGAUGAUAAAAUCACCGUUGGUGUUUACUUGGCACGAGCUGAAAAUGAAGGUAUGCGUGGUUGGCUCAGUGCUUCCAGUAACACAACUUUGGAGACUUGGGUGUACCGGUUCUUGUGUAACCAAGAUGGUAAGCCAUGA